CAACACCAUAAACAACAAACUUCAUACGCCAUACUUUAUACCAUCAAUUUCUUGGGGUAAAAAAAUGGUGGGGGAGAUGGUGGAGAACAAGCAAGUCAUAUUCAAGGGAUACAUAGAAGGAGUUCCUAAGGAAACAGACAUGGAAUUGAAGGUUGGAAACAUGAUCAAGCUUGAAGCUCCAAAAGGGUCAGGUGCAUUCUUGGUCAAGAAUCUUUACCUGUCCUGUGAUCCAUACAUGCGUGGCCGCAUGCGGGACUUCCAAGGCUCUUACGUCCCUCCUUUCAACCCUGGUUCAGUUAUUGAAGGAUUUGGUGUGUCUGAAGUUUUAGAUUCUGAUAAUCCAAACUUAAGGCCUGGUGACUUGGUCUCAGGACUUACAGGGUGGGAGGAGUACAGCUUAAUUUACAAAACUGAGCAGUUGAGAAAAAUAGAGCCGGAUGAUAUUCCCUUUUCCUACUAUGUUGGGCUCCUUGGUAUGCCAGGCUUUACUGCUUAUGCUGGGUUCUACGAGGUUUGUGCUCCCAAAAAGGGGGACUAUGUUUUUGUCUCUGCUGCCUCUGGGGCAGUUGGUCAGCUUGUUGGCCAACUUGCAAAGUUGCAUGGCUGUUAUGUAGUUGGGAGUGCUGGAACAAGUGAGAAAGUUGAUAUUCUGAAAAAUAAGCUUGGAUUUGAUGAGGCUUUUAACUACAAAGAGGAACAAGACCUUGAUGCAGCUUUGAAAAGAUACUUUCCAGAAGGCAUUGAUAUCUACUUUGAUAAUGUGGGUGGAGCCAUGCUCGACGCUGCUCUUCUUAAUAUGAGAAUUCAUGGUCGGAUUGCUGUCUGUGGGAUGGUGUCUCAGCACAGCAUUUCCAGCCCAGAAGGACAACAUAAUUUGCUUGCCCUGAUAUCAAGACGCAUAAGAAUGCAGGGUUUCUUGCAAAGUGAUUACCUGCACCUAUUUCCUCGUUUUCUGGAAAAUGUCAUCAGUCUCUACAAGGAAGGGAAGAUCGUUUAUAUAGAGGAUAUGCAUGAAGGACUAGAAAGUGGUCCUGCUGCUUUUGUUGGCUUGUUUUCUGGAAAAAAUGUGGGCAAGCAGGUUAUCAGAGUUGCCUAUCACUAAUACAAAUCACUACCACUGCCCCUCCUAGAAAAUUGAACGCUUUUUGGUCUGCAAUUGGAUUAUGAAAUAACAAUUCUCAGUACUUUAACUGAGAUGAAAGUUCUUGAUCUUCUUUUGAAGACACUUGUCUUGUUUCUCUGGAACACUUGUACAAGUUACCUCAGGUUGAAGAAAUGUUGGAAAUGCUCCUAUAUGAUGUAUAGAUAGAUGGUCUUUUAUGCUAAAAAGUAAUGCAUGCCUGGUAUUCAGCAAUGUGUAUUAUCUUUUUCAACUCGCAUUGAAUUUACAGCAUCAUUAACAUCAAAAAAGGAGUUUGAGAA